ACUACAACUCCAGAACCUAUUACGACAACCACUGCAGCUCCUGCUACAACAACUACAACUUCAGCUCCUACGACAACCACAACAACAGCACCUACAACAACUGCAGCUCCUACAACAACUUUAGCAUCUACGACAACCAUUGCAGCCCUAACUACAACAACUGCUGCUCCUACGACCACUGCAACUCCACAACCUACUACGACAACCACUACCACGACCACUCCACCUGCUGUACUUACUACAACAAGCACAACUACAGCUCCUGAUACAACAACUGUAGCUCCUACGUCAACCACAGCAGCUGCCUCUACGACAACCAUAGAAGCUCUAACUACAACCACUGCUGCUCCAACGACCACUACAACUCCAGAACCUAUUACGACAACCACUGCAGCUCCUGCUACAACAACUACAACUUCAGCUCCUACGACAACCACAACAACAGCACCUACAACAACUGUAGCUCCCACGACAACUGCAGCUCCUACAACAACUUUAGCAUCUACGACAACCAUUGCAGCCCUAACUACAACAACUGCUGCUCCUACGACCACUGCAACUCCACAACCUACUACGACAACCAGUGCAGCUUCUACUACAACAACUGCUGUUCUUACGACCACAGUGACUGCAGCACCUUCUACAUCAACUACAACUUCAGGUCCUACGACAACCAUAACAACGGCACCUACUACAACUCCUGCAGUUCCUACAACUGCAGCUACCACGACCACUCCACCUGCUUUCCUACAACUUACAACCACUGCUGCUCCAACGACCACUACAACUCCAGAAUCUAUUACGACAACCACUGCAGCUCCUGCUACAACAACUACAACUUCAGCUCCUACGACAACCACAACAACAGCACCUACAACAACUGUAGCUCCCACGACAACUGCAGCUCCUACAACAACUUUAGCAUCUACGACAACCAUUGCAGCCCUAACUACAACAACUGCUGCUCCUACGACCACUGCAACUCCACAACCUACUACGACAACCACUCUAACUACAACCACUGCUGCUCCAACGACCACUACAACUCCAGAACCUAUUACGACAACCACUGCAGCUCCUGCUACAACAACUACAACUUCAGCUCCUACGACAACCACAACAACAGCACCUACAACAACUGCAGCUCCUACAACAACUUUAGCAUCUACGACAACCAUUGCAGCCCUAACUACAACAACUGCUGCUCCUACGACCACUGCAACUCCACAACCUACUACGACAACCAGUGCAGCUCCUACUACAUUCCUACAACUUACAACCACUGCUGCUCCAACGACCACUACAACUCCAGAAUCUAUUACGACAACCACUGCAGCUCCUGCUACAACAACUACAACUUCAGCUCCUACGACAACCACAACAACAGCACCUACAACAACUGUAGCUCCCACGACAACUGCAGCUCCUACAACAACUUUAGCAUCUACGACAACCAUUGCAGCCCUAACUACAACAACUGCUGCUCCUACGACCACUGCAACUCCACAACCUACUACGACAACCACUCCUACGACAACCACAACAACAGCACCUACAACAACUGUAGCUCCCACGACAACUGCAGCUCCUACAACAACUUUAGCAUCUACGACAACCAUUGCAGCCCUAACUACAACAACUGCUGCUCCUACGACCACUGCAACUCCACAACCUACUACGACAACCACUCUAACUACAACCACUGCUGCUCCAACGACCACUACAACUCCAGAACCUAUUACGACAACCACUGCAGCUCCUGCUACAACAACUACAACUUCAGCUCCUACGACAACCACAACAACAGCACCUACAACAACUGCAGCUCCUCCUACAACAACUUUAGCAUCUACGACAACCAUUGCAGCCCUAACUACAACAACUGCUGCUCCUACGACCACUGCAACUCCACAACCUACUACGACAACCACUCUAACUACAACCACUGCUGCUCCAACGACCACUACAACUCCAGUACCUAUUACGACAACCACUGCAGCUCCUGCUACAACAACUACAACUUCAGCUCCUACGACAACCACAACAACAGCACCUACAACAACUGCAGCUCCUACAACAACUUUAGCAUCUACGUGCAGCUCCUACUACAACAACUGCUGUUCUUACGACCACAGUGACUGCAGCACCUUCUACAUCAACUACAACUUCAGGUCCUACGACAACCAUAACAACGGCACCUACUACAACUCCUGCAGUUCCUACAACUGCAGCUACCACGACCACUCCACCUGCUGUACUUACUACAACAAUCACAACUACAGUGACUGCAGCACCUUCUACAUCAACUACAACUUCAGGUCCUACGACAACCAUAACAACGGCACCUACUACAACUCCUGCAGUUCCUACAACUGCAGCUACCACGACCACUCCGCCUGCUGUACUUACUACAACAAUCACAACUACAGCUCCUGA